CCAACCUUCUUAUAAAACAAAACUUAAAAACGUUAAAUCUCAACUCUAAAAAUAAUUAGGAGAAGCAAUUAGAUUAAUGUAUUUAGAGCUUGUUCACAUGUUCUUUGGGGGAUAUUAGGCAUUUGUCAAAAGAUUAGGUGGAUUUGAUGUUAUAAUUUACCAAAUAUUGGACAGAUGUUAGGUAUAUUAGGUUUUCAAGGGACUCUUAUGGCGGUUUUUUUUGAACUUUUUUAAUCGACAAAAUUCUAAAGGUCUCUGACUUCGGUAUCUCCUCCAGCCUUACGUUUUCUUCUGUUAUUCUUUUCUCUCUCUCUCUCUCUCUCUCUCUCUCUCUCUCUCUCUCUCUCCCAUUCUUUGCUCGCUACCGUCUUUUAUUUCAGAAUAUCUUUUGGGGAGUAUUCAAAUUAAGCUAGAAAGGUGGACGGCAUUCUAUUAUAAAUUUUGCCAAUGAUUACAUGUGAUAUAGAUCAUGAUGUUGUUCGAUGGGGUCUCCAAGAUCUACAAGUUUGUGUAUUUAACCAUUAUAGUUCCAGUGGUAGUGUUACCCAGUAUGACAAAGACGAUAGUCAAACAGUGUAUAUUAGAGAGGGUUACUCUGAACCAGAACAUGUAAAUGUAGAGAAUGAUGCGGUUAUUGCACGUGCCCUUCAAGAGGAACUCUCACUAGUUGCCGCUGCAGAGGCAUCUGGAUUCAACAAUUCUACCCAAGAUUGGUUUGGCCUUCCAGGAAGACAACAUAGUUCUGAUCAUGAAGAUGAUAGGAAAAUCAUAGAAGAUCGUAACCAAACUGAAAGAGUCACAAAUGAAGUUAAACAUGAGAAGAGGGAUUUUGAUGAUAAUAUCAUUAGUAGAUAUGAACAAGGCAGUGACUCUGGCACGGGAGAAAAAGUUUCUCUUGGUGAAGACAUGUUGCGUAUGGAUAUAAUUGAUCAGUCAUCUCUUCUUGAUGGUGAAGUAGAGAAGAGGUUGAAUGAAAUGGUUGCUAUUCCUCAUGUACCUAAAACUAAUGGAGAAAUACCAUCAGUUGAUGAAGAGAUAUCAGACCAUCAAAGGCUGCUUGAUAGGUUGCAGUUGUAUGGCCUGGUUGAGAAUACUGUUCAAGGUGAUGGUAACUGUCAGUUUCGUUCUUUAUCAGAUCAACUUUACCGUUCUCAAGAUCACCACAGCAGUGUGAGGGAGCAAGUUGUUUCCCAGCUUAAAUCGAAUCCGGAGUUGUACAGGGGUUAUGUUCCUAUGGCUUAUGGUGACUAUUUGAAGAAAAUGAACAAGAAUGGUGAAUGGGGUGAUCAUGUUGCAUUGCAAGCAGCUGCAGAUUUGUAUGGGGUGAAGAUAUUUGUAUUAACUUCAUUUAAGGAUACAUGUUACAUCGAGAUCCUUCCACGCAAUCAAAAGUCUCAACGAAUUAUUUUCUUGAGUUUCUGGGCCGAGGUGCACUAUAAUUCGAUAUAUCCCUUAGAAGAAUUGCCGGUGUUAGAGAGCAAGAAAAAAAAGAAAUGGUGGAUGAUUUGAAGCUAGAGGAUGCCAUCCUCAUGGUGGCAUCUGGUCUCUUUACCAGAGUGGAUUUCCAUUUGGGUUCCUUUGACAUGCUUCUUUCUUUGAACAUGCAAUUUCAUUUUUGUAUAUAAAGAUGACCUUUGGACUCUUUUUUUUUUUUUUUCUUAAUGGGCUAUGAUUGUAAAUAA